AUGAUAGGAUUAUACACAACAAAGCGUCCUAGAGCGCGACAGAUAGAACAACAAAUGUGCAGGUGUGCCCACGUCCGACUCACUUCUGCUCCCGUCAGACGCCGAAUGCAGGUCGGUUUGUUUAACUGUAUGCAGUAAAACGUUCAAGAUCAAUUUUCAUAUGCCGAAAAAUAAACUUUUCUUGGGUAAUUUCAUUUUCUGAUCUCUAUGAAGUGGAUCUAUUGGUUUUACAGGGGUACAACUUUCUUCGGGAAUUUUCUGAAAAUAACCUGAUUGCUUAGCUCAAUGUAUCUACUGAGUCUGAGACUCUCAACUUUUUAAAAAAAUCUCAGAUUUGAAUUAGAAAAAGCUGCAAAGCGAAAAAAAUUUAAUAUUAUAUCAGUUUUUUUGUGGUUCUCAACGAAAUUAAAUAUUCAAUUUCUUUCUUUUUUUAAUUUUCAUGGUCAUGCAAGUUUUUCUCAAUAUUUUUUUCCUGUUUUUUUAACUUGUAAUUUAUUUCUUUCUUUUCAUUGAUAUAAAAAAAUGAAUUUUUACGUUUUUUUCAAAUUAAAAAAAGGCGUCGAGAUAAUUAAAACUUUUUUUCAGCUUUCAAGAUGUUUUUUUGAGAAAUUUUUCAAAAUGUUCUUUAUCCAAAGUAAAAUGACCCUCUUAGUGUGAAUCUUCUAAUUUUUCCAACAAAUUGCUCAAAAAAACGCCUUCUUGCGAGGCAAAAAGACAAAGUUCAACCCGAAUUUGAAAAAGCGAUUUAAAGCAUUUUUUUCAGAGUAUCGUUUCAUAUUAUUUUUCUAAAUAGUUUAGCAGUUCCUCAUUAUAGUAAAAAAAUAAAAAAAUUGAUUGAAAAAAAUUUUUACUUCAAUAAAAAAACUGUUCCAACGUUGGUUUCGAAAAAAAGUUAAAAAAAGAAUGGAAGUCUUGAGAAGCAGUUUAUUUGCCGUUCAGCUUAACAAAACCUACAUGUUCCAACUUUGAAGUUGUUUUUUUGAAAAUGUCCAUGAAGAGGAAAAAAAUAAUUAUUUGAAAUAUUCUCAAAUUUUUGAGUGCAAUUUGCUGUGAAAUGAAAUUCAAAAAAAGAAUUUCAAUUAAAAAAACAGCCUUUUUCAAUGGUAUCAUUCAAAUACAACUUCAAUUUUUCCAUCUCCAAGUUUGUUAUAAUUAUUAAUCAAUGGAUAUUUAUAUAUUUUAGUCUUCUACCGGAAAUGGCGUCCUAAAUUCCAAUGUCCUCUAUUACGAUCUCGUUGAUUUGCCGAGUUCUGCAAGCGAAAGAAGUUUAGAGGUGGGACCUGUUUUUUUUUUCAUUUUUUUGAUAGUUUAUGGAAGUCGAAAAAAUGUCAACUUCAUUCAAUUUCAACCGGAAAAGGGUGAAUAAUGAUGGAAUUUCAUAAGUUUUGAGUGGGUGUACGAUGUUGUUAACUGUUCGUCAAUGUUUCUUUUCUUGUCUGAGGAAUUUUUUUUAUUUUGAAGUGUUUGCUGCUUGAGAAAAAAUAGAGGGUUGAUCAGGACUCUUCUCGGAGAUUAAGUAAACUCCAUUCACCACUAGCUCGAGACAGAAAAUACUGAAGAGACUUCGGAAAUAUGUCUUUUCGCGAGUUAAUUUUUGGGUCUCUUAUAGGAUAUUUUUUCAGACCAGAAAAUAUAUGAUUUUUUUCUUUUUUUCAGCGUUUGUCCCACUUUUUUUCAUUAAUUUUUCCUGCAUCAAAAAUACAUUUUUUUAAAUUUUUUUAGUGAAACAUUUUUCUCAUUAAAGGUUUGAAUCAAGGAGCAAUUCAUUCAUUAAAUUUUUCAAAAGAGAAAAUGUCCAUUGUCUCGAGCUGAAAGGACGUUGAUUCAUUCUUGAAAAGCGAAAUUUCGUCCCAAAAUCAAUCAGAAAACCUCGCGGAAGGUGUUAACUGCGCAUUGUUUCAUCUCAAACAAGUAUACCAGUCCAGUCGGCGGCUCCAAGUAUUGAUUUAUUAUUCGGUUUGCUGAGGUUCCGCGCGCUGUUCUCUUAUUUUGUUUCACUUCAAGUUUCGGCACAUUACAGUGUAUUUAGGAGAAGUUGUUCGGUUUGAUUCUAAAAAAAAAGGUUUCAGAAUGUCAGACAUGAAGCUAUUUGAGAUCACCAUCUCGUCUCGAAAAUUUGAAAAAACAACUCUUGUCUUGACCUCGUCUCAACCUCGUCUUGAUCUUGUCUUGAUUUCAAAAAAAUCCCCUUUCUAACAGCAUUCGUUUGGUGGUAUUUAGCUGAAAGUAUGAACAUAUUCCUCCGUUUUUGUUAAUUUUUGAACAUUUUUUAGGUUUGAGAAAAUAAAUAGGAAAGCGUCAUUCAAAAAUUCCCCUUUUUUUCGUUUUCCCAAAAGAAAUUCUCUCUCAGUCCGCAAAAAUUGGCGCCAAUAGCCCCAAAACCUCAUCGAGCGUAUUGAAAAGACUAUAUUGUUCCUUUAUUUUCUAAUAAAUAUUUUUUGAUGCUUUUCGAAAGAUUUUAUAACGCAUAAUUUUUCUCCUAACCAAAAAAAAAAUAAAACAUUAACAAUAAUGAUAAUAACUUCAAGUUACCGUAUUUCAUCAAAAAUCUAAUACCCUCGGAACUUUUUUUCACAGCGAGCAAACAUUAAAAGAGCUGAAUUUAUUUCAAAUCCCAUGACCUUAAAAUGUUAAAAUCAUGCUAAUGGUGACGUUACUUUUCAUUUUUCCCGGGCUGUUUCGAGAUUUUUUUUCCAAGGUGGUGUGACGUCUCGAAAUCCCUGCGUUGACACUUUACAAACACAAUUUUUGUUUUUGUGACGCUUAUUUUUUGAAUGCUCCUCCUAUCUCUGAGCAGUUUUUUUUUUCUGAUAUUUUUGCUUCGGUAGAAAAUUUUCUCAAUUUUUUUUCCAACUAGUUUUUUUUCCGUUUUUGAGAGCUCUAGACAACUUCCAAAACGAUUUUUCUUGGUAUUAAAAAAAUAAUUAAUGUUCAAAAAAAUCACCUUGAGAAUUUGUCAUUCAACUUUAAAAUUUUUAAUUUUUUGAAAAAUUGUUUUUAAAUGAUAUAAAAAUCUCUUGAGGAACGCGUAAGCAAUGAUUGUACAACUAUUUCUUGUUAACGACCUGAUUUUAUCUUUUUUCUUCGACUGAAUCAUGAGUAACAAGGCUCAUAAACUGAUGAUUUGAUCGAUGAUUCUUGGAGAAUUGCUGAUUUAACACAUUUUGAAUCAGAACACUUCCUUUAUCUUUGAUCCCUAGUUUCCUUUAAAAAAAAGAACUUUUUAUAAAUACUUUUUAAUUGCUGUCGUUCAAAUUUCAAUGAUCACCGUUCUAAAAAAAUUAAUUUUAAUUUCUGUUUGGAAUUUUUUCAGCAACGUUAUCUUCUUUCUUUCAAAUAUUGGGUAUCGACGCUUCUCUGAAAAAGGAAUAAUAGGCCUCUAUCAUUACUGGAAAUGAGGCUUUUAUAAUCUUUGUCCCGAAUUCCAAUGUUUUUUUCGAAUUUUCCGCGUAUAAGAUGUACCAAAUUGUGUAAUCUUCCAGGACAUCGGCUCGGAAGACGAUUCUAUCAGGGCCAUGCCUUUGGAACGUCGGCCGGCAUUGAGGUUUGUCGUUUUUUGUCUGACUCACGCGUGUUCCAGUGCCCUCUUCCCUCGUCUUUCAAACCUUCACCUAUUGCAAUCGGUCUAUUUCCGCGUGUGCUUUGAGCUUUUUUUGUUUUAUUUUUGCUCAUUAUUUUCUUUGUUUCUUCUCAUCAAAUCGUAGUGCUAACUAAGGAAAGCGGGCGAUAAGCUUAGGAUUAUGGAAAAAAAAACAAAAUUGAAAACACUUGUGGAGUUCUUGAAUUGCUCAAAAACGGUUUAUAUGCUUUUUGAAGCACUUCUGUCUCAUUUUUCACUGUGUUCGGCCUAUUGGUAUACCUCUUCCUCAAGUUUUAUUCUCAAUAAAAAAACUCGACGCCAAAAAACCAUUCUCUGUACCGGCAAUUUUUGCAAAUGGAAAAAAGAAGAGAAAUGAACCAGUUCUGUCCUCCCAAAGUCCAAUUAUGUACUCCCUCAAAAAUCAAACAUUUUGGUAAAAAAAAAUAAUUGCCCUGAGGAUAGGAGUUUUGUGGGAGACCAACCGACUUUCGACCAAUUUUUGAUCUCUCUGGAAUCGAGCGAAAAUCUUUUUUAUUGAAAACGAGAACCGUCGGUUCAAAUCAAACUAUUUGCUCUUGCUACUUGAGAUUUUCAUUGGGAAGAGAGAGAUGAAAAAUGAGCGGAAAUCAUUCUGCCUUUCCUUUUUUGAAUCACUUGCCAUUUACCAAUAAAAAAAUUCGGUGCUGACGUAGACUUCUAUUGAAUGUGAAUUUUCUUUUUGAUCGAUCUUUUAUAUUCCCCUCGAGGUAUCGCGCGUUUUUAUUCGUUUUCCCGCCGAACGGCGAGAGAAUCGCCGCCGUCGGAACACUUUCCGCCUCUUUGUCCGCGUGGAUGUCUUCUUUUUUUCUUUGAUAUACUUACAAUUGUAUGUUCUACAGCCUUGACAAAAUUCAUUUUUUUGCUAGAAAAAAAUGUAGACGAGUCGAAAAACUAUAAAAUGAGUAGAAAAUAGUCUAAAACAUGAGCAUCUCUUUAAUGAGAGCUGAUAAAAUUUGUAAAAAAUCCGAGAAAAAAUCACCGGAAUGAUGCAUUUCGAGGCAAUUUAUUUUUUGAAAGCUUCAAGGUUGAGAUUGAUCGACUUCACUAUAGUUUUUUUUUUCCUGGCCGAGACUCAACAUUUUUUUUUUGAACUUUCUCAGCGUAUGCGAAUGAUAAAAGGCAAAAUUGUAUCAAAUCUAUUUUAAACUAGUUCCGUCACAGUUUUUCCCACAGGUUGUCUGUUGAACGAUGUAAAAAAAGCUUGGGAAAAUCGAAAAAAGUUCCGUUUUCACUGAUAAGAGCGAAACACCAAUUUUUCACCUAAAAUUCAGCGGAUGGUUUUAUCAAUAAAACCAUUACUUAGAGAUGGGGGGAGGUAUUUGCAGUGAAGAAAAAAAGUCCAAAUUUAUCUGAGCUCGACUGUAACAAAUCAAUGAAUGUUCAUAAUAAAAUGGAAAACUGAAAAUCCUUUUCAAAAGUUUUCUGAAAGAAUAUCGACCAGAAAAUCAUUUCAUUCUUGAAAAAGACUAGCCAAGAAAAAAAAUUUAAAUUUUAAGUUUUUCAAAAUAUUUUUCGAGUUAAAAGGCUGAUACUUAAAAAACCGUAAAUUCUCUUGCGAUUCAAUUAAAAAUGGAGGUUGAUUAAAAGUUAUUGAUAAUUCUGGUUUGUUUCCUAAGAUCAUUUUAUGUCGAUUGCUAAAACUCUAAAAGUACGGGAAACCUUUUCAAACCGAAGAAAAUCGAGCCAGAUCCCUUUGAGCAGAUAAAUGAAACGUUCAGGACGCUCAAGAGCAAAACCACUUUGCCGUACAUUUUAACAUUCUCUCUAGAGCUACGUCAAGAAUUUUACAAAAAAACAGCGGUGGAAAGGUUCCGAUGGAUCGGCAAAACGGAGUGCGCGGCUCAGCGACGCUUAAGUGUUCUGUUCGCCUGUGUUUGUUUGGUCAAAAACUUUCACCCAUUGUGCCCCCAAUAAACGUGCGUCUUUACCUCACAGCUGGUUCCUUCUAAAUAUGGUUGCUUCUGCUCUGAGUUGUUGCAUUUGUUGGAUGAUUGCCCACUUUGGAACUUCUUGUUUCAUAUGUUUCCAGGAGUUUUGAACGAGUUCUUUUUUAAAAGGUUGCUUCGAUAAAUUUUUAGCGUCAAAGUUGAGCUCAUUUUUUGUUUUCCACUUUGUCCAGCUUCUUUUUUUCUGGAUGAUUGGAACUCUACUCUUUCUCAGAAAUAGACGAUUUUCGUCAAAAUGAAACUUUAAACUUUCCUUUCUCUAUUCAUCUAGAUUAAAAAAAAAUUUUUCUUCAUGAAAAAAAUUCAUGAAAACUCGAAUUAUAAAUAGCUGAACUAUUUUAGAAGCGUUUUCUCCAGAUUCCUUCAAGAAAAAAAAUCUUCUCCAAGUUUUCCCAGCAUUUUUUUUUCAUGAUUCUCUUCUCGUCAUUUGGAUAAUUUCCCUUCAAAGCCCCCCCCUCCAUCUAAUUCUAUUUUAAAACUGUUUCAGACGAACGAACGUUCGCAGGACACGAAAAAUUGCGGAAAAGACAAAUAACGAAGAUUUUGACGAAGACGAAACGGUUGGUUAUAAUUUUUGCUCGAGAAAGUUGGUAAGAGUUUCCAGAUCCUGAAAAAAUUUUUACGCCUUUGCACUCUUUUUUUGAGAAUGGACCCAUAUCUUCCUUUAAAAUACAGUCAGACGAUAAGAACAACAAAAAUAUUUUCUUUUGUAAUUAAAACAGUGGAAUAAGUGAAUCUGCUCGAAGUGAAGUUAUCAGUGUUUUGAAGUGAAUAGAAACAUUCAGACCGCAAUAAGCAACCUUAUCUCCACUGAUAAAACCAUAUUUUUUUCUUUCAAUUAAUUCACUUGGACCGUUCAUAAAGUCUUAAAGGUUUCCAAGCCUGCUGAUGUUUCAUAUUAACUUUUUUCUUCAUUCAAACUUCAUUGAAAUUUAGUGCUUUGCUCAUUUUUGACCAUAUUUCUAGAAAUAAUUUUCAAGAAAAAGAUUCUUUUUUUUCGCUGUUUUUUGGGUUUUAGGGAAGGUUCCAAUCAUUUUUUUACUUAUUUUUAUAACACGAAACAUCAUGACGCCAUUAAAAAAAUCUUUGCGAUGAAAAACAAAAAUUUCAGUUAUAAAAUAUUAUCAAUUUUAAUAGGACCCGAAGGUGAAAAUUAAACAUUUCUCACGAUAUUCAUUUGACAAUAGGCGUAAAUUCAUUCGAAAGUGUCAAAAAUUUGAAAUUAGCUCACAUAAGCCCAAAAAAUUUUUGACAAAGGGUAAAAAACUUGGUAAAACCAUCAUAAUCUGAAAAUUAGGCCUAUCUAUGUAAGAAACCGCGAAUUUUAUUAAUAUCCUCGAAUAACUACAGAAAAAAAUUUCACACAAAUAGAUCUCAUAUAAAAAAACUAUUUGGACCAAUUACCCAAAAAUUAGCUAGUUUCAAAGUGAAAAUACUUUCCUUUUGAAAAAAAUACACUGCUCCACAUAAUUAUAUAUCCACCUGAUAUUUUUUUCGAAAAAAAUCGAAUAUUUUUGAGAGUUUCUGAAAAAUCUUCUUGUUGUCAAAAAGAUGGCAAUUUCGAUCAGAUUAACAUAGCUAUCAACAAAAUUCCUAUUGAAAAAAAUGUUUUUAAAAAAAUUUCAAUUUUUUUCAAAAAAACCGAAUUUUUCCGUUCCACAUAAUUAUAUAUCCACCUAAGACUUUAAACUUUUUUUGAACCAAUUUUUUUCCGGUUUUUUUGUAUCAGUUAUCAUUUUUCUUAUCAUUUUUUUGUUUGAAAAUAAAAAAAGAAUAAGAGCAAAACGAUUUUUCGAAAAAAAGUGGGAGAACCUUGGCUUUUAUCACAAAACGGUCGCGGUGCUGUUUUGUACUCCAGCUCCACAGUCAUCAAUGUGAGGGUUGAAUUUCCAUAUGCAGGAUUAACUCAGAAGUUUUGAAAAAGUUUAUCACAGAAAAGAUUCCUAAAUGGGCGUCAAAUUUUGAAAAAAAAUUUCAAAAACCGUGAGCGCCUUUGACAAAAUUAUCAGUUUUUUCAACUUGAACUCGCUUUUCUCAGUCAUUGAGCGGAGAAAUUCUUAAUCUGCAAUGCAACAAGGCUGAGAAGGGAAUCUGAAAUAGUUUAACUCAGAAAAACCUGACAAAAAAAAAUCUCAAAGCUGAAAAAAUUUCAGAGAAACAAGAGUCAAAAAAGGAUAUUUCGUGAUUUCGAUUGUGUUGACUUUCUGUUUAAUUUUUUCGCUGAAUAAGGAUAAUUAUGGACUAUUCAAUGUUUUUAAAACAAAAAAAUAUAACUGUAAUCUUCAAUCAUGAGAAGAAAAAAGUAAUUUAAAAUUCGAAGAAAAAAAAGUUUAGAUCCCUAUGAACUUGACUUGAAAUCCCCUUAGUUAUUUACCGCAUUCGGUCAUUCUUCUUUACUAGAAGCAGGUUUUUUUGAUGAGACCGACUAUUCUUGAAGUAAAAAAAACGAUUUUAUCUCAGAAAAAGUUUACAGAAAUGGUCCGAAGACAUUUUAAGUUUCCAACUUUUGGCAAAACUGCAAAAAAUUCAUAAAUGUUAUCGGAAAACUCCCUCCUUUCAGUGCAAAGAAAUAUUUUUACUGAAGUUUUUUUGAACUUAAAUUGUUGCUCACAAGUACAAAGGUACUUAUGGAAUCAAAAUAUUCACAUCAUAAUCGAUUCAAGAGUAGCUGAUGUAAUGAAGAGCACCGCGACCGUUUUUCUGAUUAAAUCCAAGGUUCCUCAACUUCUUGGAAAACCUUUUUUUGCUCUUAUUCUUCUUAUUUUUCAAACAAAAAAAUGAUAAGAAAAUGAUAACUGAUACAAAAAAACCGGAAAAAAAUGAUUCAAAAAAAGUUUAAAGUUUUAGGUGGAUAUAUAAUUAUGUGGAACGGAAAAAUUCGGUUUUUUUGAAAAAAAUUGAAAUUUUUAAAAAAAAUUUAUUUUUUUCAAUAGGAACUUUGUUGAUAGCUAUAUUAAUCUGAUCGAAAUUCCCAUCUUUUGACAACAAAAAGGUUUUCAGAAACUCUCAGAAUAUUCGAUUUUUCGAAAAAUCUCAGGUGGAUAUAUAAUUAUGUGGAGCAGUGUAUGUCGAAAACUUUUUUUUUCCGGUCAAAGUCCAGAAAUCAAAAUUGCACCCUUAUCACACACACACACGUCAAAACAGACUUACUCAUACCUCUUUUCUGGAAAAUUGAUUUCGAAACAGUAAUAUCAGGACGAGCCAGAAGGCUUAUACGGAAACCACUGAUAAGACCAAAAACUGCGCGUUCAACCCUACUUUUCGCUUCCAGAAGCUAGUUUAUUGAUUUUUUUUUCAAUUUGUUCGGAUUUUGUUUUGUUAUUGAUAAUAUUCCAGAACUGUCGUACUUUGGAGCGACGGGUGACCAGAGCCCGACAAGUUCGCAGGACGACACUCGAAGAGAAUAAAGCGCAGAUUGCCGCGUUACGCGGCAAGCGGCUUUUUGAGUCGGCUCUCAUUGUGAAUAUACGAGAAGAGUGAGUUUCAAAUUUUGAUAUAAUAAUAUGACAUCAUCGGUUUUUCAUUAAAGUAUAAAUUUCAAUAAUUACGCUUCAGGUUAUUUUUUUAAUUAAAGUUAAUCAUUCAUCAUUUUUUCUGAUUUGAAGUAAUUCUUGUCAAUAUUAUUUUUUUCAAAACGUCAAUUUUUCAAACAUCAAGCCUAAAAAAAGUUGAUUUUCUAAAAAUUUUUUUGAGCGUGUAUUUUUGUUUGAACAAGUUUUCAAAAAUUCAAACAAAAUCUUUGUGAAAGUCGAGUUAUUCAUUGGGAUUUGUAUGAAAAGUCUGAUUUAUAGGAGAGCCAUUAGUUUUUUGAAUAUGAAAAACACAUUUGAAGAAUUUUCUCCACUUAGAACCUUUUAAAAUUCUAAAAAUACAUUUUAAUUGCCGUUAUAUUUCGUAUUGGAUGAUCGAAUGAUAAAAAAAUCAUUUCUAUUUUCGAGGAAAACUUCCGGAUGGGUUGAAAACAUUCAGUAGUUGAUCGUAUAAAAAACUUCACCAUUGCGUUUACCCGGCGCUCAUAAACUUAAGGCUAAUGGAAAUCGAAAUUCUAAAAAAAAAACGGCUCCCAUCGAUUUGAAACGUUCGAAAUUUCUCGUUUCUCAGAUUCAUCGAUGGGAAACGAACAACUACACCUGUCGUGAAUUUCAGUUUUCCCGAGGAGCAUGGUUUUUUUCUGCUCAUUUUAAAACCAAAAAUAAUUAUUUCAGACGACUCUGUCCCUCCAGACAUGAUAUUCCCAGACUUUUCUCGUGUAAGUCAAUAUACCAAGUCCCAAUGGGUCGAAGACGAAAAUUAUAUGGUCUCGUUAACGGAUAAAUUCGGCCAGAGGUUAACUCUAUCUAUUUUUUUAUUUGAAGAAAAAAAUUUCCAGGAAAAAUGCCUAUUGCAUCAAAUACUUGCCGAUUUAUAACGAAGAAGGUAGUUUAAAAAAAAGAAUUGAAACAGGAAAUAGAGUUUUCAGAAUCGUGCUCUCGGUAUCCCGCUGUCUUGACAAUCGUCUCACCCAUUAGGAAUCCAGCUUUUUUUAUCUGGAUUUAGUGGCUCAUUCUUUGAAAUACGCCAGUUCUGACGUCAAUUCUCUACAGAAGUUUCUUGAAUCAAUCUACAUGCAGCAAUAUCCUGAGAGACCAGGUGUGGAAAUUUUUUAGAUCUUAUUUUUCAAUGAACAAAAGUUCAAAGAAAAUUUAAUGAGUUCGCUAUUGUCUUCUUAGAAUCUCAGGGGGGAGCAGUCUGACCUGUCUGCGCUCGCUUGAUCACUCUUCACACGGAUGAAAAAAAGCGAGAGGGCAGAAAGUUACUUUUUUGAGCGUAGAAACUAAAAAAAUUCAACUAUUUCUGUUCCAAAAAGAUUUUUUUGAGCUCUCAAAAAAAUUUAAAAAAAUUUAAUAAAAUUUGCAAAAGAAACUUUUUAGGAUCCUGCUUAAUGAUAGUCGAAAAAGAAAAAGUCGGGAGAGCAGAAUCGGCACGAAAUUCGGAAUCGAGGCGGCUACACCGAAAAAAAUUAGCCCUUCUGAUGUUAUACGAAGGUGAAAAAUAUUUUUUUGAUAAUCUCCGAAUAAAAUAAUGAAGUUUUUCAGGAUGAGUCCAGAAUAUACAGUUUGUGUGAUUGCUGCUCUUUUGGCUGAGCAACGGGUUUUAAUCACGGGUCAUUCGGUUGGUUUUUUUUUUAGGUUUUUGAUGAAAUUUGAAACUCAUAGCUAAAAAAUCUCCCUAACACCAUGAAAAUCGAUUGAAAUACAAAUUCUCGGAGUAAUCAUUUGCUUUGGAGUAGAGUAAAAUUGUUUUUGAUUUUUUUUGCCACGCGUUCAUCAGCCUAAGUAACAUUUGGAAGGGUUGAUUGCGCAAAAGGUGCGUAGCGGUUACGUUGUUCUGAGGAAAAAAGGACAUAGAAUAAAAUUCAGGGUUCUUUUCAAAAUUCCUUCCGCUCAUUUUUAGCCAUUCCAACUGCGACUUUCUGUUUGCGAAUAAAAAUAAGCCCAAAGCAAAAUUAUCACUUUUUUUUUCUAAUCGAGUGUGUGUUUUCUUAACUUUUAUAUGAAAGUAUUAUCCAGGUUCUCCUCACUUCAAAAGCAGUUCAAGUUUUCGAGUCACUAAUGCGCCCUUUGGUUUGGCCGCACACAUUCGUUCCAAUCAUACCGGAUAAUUUGACGGAUCUUUGUCACAAUCCAACGCCCUAUCUUAUGGGAAUUUUGAGGUUUGGUUGGUUUUUAUGAAAUAGUCCUUGAAGCGUUUGAAUAAUCUCAUAGCCGUAUUUUUUUUUCUCAUUUUUCCUUCCAAUUUAGAAGCAACCUGGCCUCGAUUCGUGAGAUCAUCUCAGAGCUAACCAGAGAAGAUUUCUUGUUUCGGCAAGAUUUUGUGCUUUUCGAUGUGGACACUGGCCUCAUGAUUCCACAACCUUCGCCUUUUCUGGAAAAGCAGGAUAUGAAUCAAUGGAGAACAGCUGUGAGUCAUGAUAUCUUAAUAACUGACAUCAAUAAAAAUAUUUAGAACGCCUUGAAUUUCUGCGAAAAGGUUGGAAUGCACAAAAAGCUGUCCGCUGCCCUAAUAAAAGCCCUGCGAGAAGCUUUAAACGAAAAUGACAAAGCUUCUGCCGAUUUUCAGAUAGAUUGUGUACGUAUUUUCUAUUGAUGAAACCGAAAUAUUUCUUUUUUUAGGCGAUGCAAUCUUGGUAUGCAGCGUUAUUCGGUCAUUAUCGAGUUUGUGGCUGUCACAAAGAAUGGAAUGAUACCACUAAAAAGUCAGUUUGUUCCGAAAAUUUAUAUUACUUUACUGUUUCAAGAUGUCUCAUAACCAACGCAGCUUCGAAAGCCGCGUCUUCCUACUUGAAAUACUUCACGGAGACCAUUAUUUUCCACGAAUGGAUCAAAGAAAAGGUUGGGAUCUACCACUUUUUGCCCUUUCUUCCACAGAAUCAGACAUUGAGAAAGGGAUCCUUUUUCUGUCACUCAUGACGACCGGCAGAAACAAAUGCAUGACUAAUUUAUGGGUUAGAGAGGUGAAAUUUCAACUGACCAGAACGCAAUGAAUUUUUGAUUGACACUUAAAAGAUGAUGCAGAAUAUUAUUACUAUUAUGGAAAUUGGGUUUAUUUCCAACAACUUCCUUUAUAAUUUUUUUAAUCACUCUUUUUUUGUUUUUCUUUUUUUUCUGACUAAAUGCUAAAAAUUUUGAGGUCUUUUCUGCUAAUAAAGGAAGAACUAUAACCUAUCGAAUCUAAUAGUUGUACUUAAUGAAAAUCUUCACAAUGUUUUCCGAUCAAAUUCUUAUUUUUGAUUGGCUUAGAGGCUCAUUUCCAUUUUUUAAGAAAAAUGAAGGAAAUGUAUGCAUUCAGGUCCGUCUGAAAAAAAUUCUCCAAACGGCUUCUUAAAAAAUUUCAUCUCUAAAAUCUAAAGGAAAACACAAAAACAAAAAGACUCCUCAGGUCUAUUUAGAAAAGAACUGCACUUUUCUUAAAUUUUCUGAAAGUAUCAUCUCAGAUAGCGGAAGCCAAACUAACGCCGUCGCUAUCUCAAGCCAACGAGGACGACACGACAAAAAUGGAGAAUUUAUGGCUGGCGGCAGUUCGGUCAACAAAUCCCGUUUCUCCAUUUUCCAGAAUGGUCAAUAAAAUGACCACUGCCCUACAUCUUUCCUCUAGAAGACAAUUUUGA